UUGUUGCUAUUCAUAUGGAUGGCUGCUUGUUUUGUACCUAUGUAAUACGGGUAGAUUCGUUUCGUUAUGAAUAAGCACAAGAUAAAAUAUUUUGUGAGAGCACUGUCGGACUUUUCGGAUUUUCUAUAUAACAAUGGUUGCUACAGCAUUUCUUAAAGUUGGCACCAUCUGUUUGAUACUUGUGUUUAUAGUUCAUGCUGUAGGAUUUGGAACACCAAAAUGGGCAAUCAUUGAUAUUCUCGGGGGUCUCAGCAGUUAUCAUACAGGUUUAUGGCAAAACUGUUUCAGUGUUUUCGGAUUCGGUGGUUGCUCUGCAAGAACGCAAGAUGAAGCCGUAUGGUUCAGGGCCGCACAAGUACUGGAGUCUGUUGGUGCACUUGGUCUUCUCCUCUCCGGAAUUAUAUCAUUGGUUAUGGUAUGCUCACAACAUGAAAAAUCACUAAAGGCAAUAAAUAUCGUCAUACUGAUGGGAUCAGGAGUCUGCAUCAUAGUUGGAGUUAUUGUAUUCGCUGUAGAACUGUUCAAUGCUUUUGACGAGAUAUUUGCUAAUGUGGAUGUAGCCAGUGUUGCAGAUGAUAAACUGGGUUACUCAUUUUUCCUCUGUGCUGUGGCUGGCGGUUUAUGCCUUUUUGUAUGUGUUCCUCUCUUCAUAAUGGACUAUCGUGCAGCGGCAACACAACCGACACAACAACUGCCCGUGCAGUACUCAAAACAAGAAAGAUCUGUUGUCACUUCAAAAGACCAGCCAGUGCAACCUUUACCGGUACAGUACUCAAACCAAAGUCGGGUUAUUGUCACUUCAACAAACCAACCGGCACAACCAGUGCCUGUGCAUUACUCGAAUCAAGUAAUACAAACUAGAAAUUAUCAGCCCCAUGGAAACAUGCCAACUUACGCACAGGACCGUCCUGUGUACUAUGUGACACGACAUCCUUCAUUCGAACGAAUGCCAAGUCAUGGGGUCUGGUAAGACUAUAGCAAGCAGAGAACGACACGACAUAAUAAAAUACAAGUACGACCUAUUUCUGGCAUAAAACAUAAUUUGUAUAGCGUUUAUAGAAG